UUUUUUUUUUUCUUUCGUUACUCAUCUUUUUUAUUUAUUAAAUAAACUCCUCAUGGUUCUAUUAUAUUUUCUAAUAUGAAAACAUCUCGAACUACUCAUUAUUUAUAUACUGCAUCUUUAUUCUUCUUAAUUUUUUUAACUGGUGUUUGCGUAGCUAUAUCAGCAGUGGAUGUCAUCAUACAAGCUUUAUCAGACCGAACGAGUUCAGGUUACUUUGAUUAUCGUGGUCUUACUGUAGUUACUACAAGUUAUCUUGCAUUAGCCAUUGCUACUUUAUUACUUGCUUGUAGUCGAUUGAUCAAUGUACGAAGAUCCUUACGAAUGAUUCCAAAAAGUCUUACUCCAACUGGUUAUCUUCCAAGGAGGGUAGUUCUUCAGGUGCAACGUGGGUUCCAUCUUGUGGGUUAUAUUCGUCAAAAAGCCGAACCUCUGCCAAGUGAUAUCAAGCAAUUGGGCUGGGCCAAACCGGGUACUCAAACUUUUGAAGGUGUUGAUUUUAAACGUGCUAUUUCAAGGACACCUACGAUUAUUGAAAAAGCUGCCAUUGAAAUCAAUGAACAAUAUGCAAGGCCACCUUUUAUUACCAUUCGACAUUAUAUUGAAUUUCUAAUGCAACAAGAACUUAUGGACAUUGAUUUUGGACGAAUCUAUUUAGAAGGUUACGAAAAGGCUCGAUUCAGUGAACAUGCACCAACGGAACAGGAAUAUUUGGAUAUUAUGAAGCAUUUAGCAGCUAUACUUAAUCAAAUGGGAUACCAUCUGAAUCAAUCAACAACACCUACACCAUCUCUUCACAACAAUAUUCCUGGAAUCAAUAAUCACAGCAAUAGCAGCAUGAAUAAUCGACUUAAUAAUGGAUCAAAUGAAAGUUAUAGUAGUGGAGCCAGUACCAGAAGCAAGCGAUCAACAUUCUCUUAUAGACAACAUCGAAAUAACAUUCCAUCACCUCAUCCAAAUUUGCGUCAGUAUUCCUCGGACAGACUACGUCUUCGACCACGGCAACAAUCCAUACCUGAUGAUGAUGAUGUAGCAUCUUUAGCUCAUUCUGUUGCAACUUGGUCAUCACGAUCGGCUCAUCGAUAUCCACAUUUUAUAUCUACAAUGGACGGCAAUGAUGACGACGAUGAAGAUUAUGAUGAAAACAUGCGGCAUAUCAUUUAUAAUCGUUUGAUGCAAUCACACUCUUAAUUUAUUUACAAUAUUCACAUAGUCAUAUAUUAUUUUGUAUACAUACAUCUUAUUACAUAUACCAUCUUACUUUUUUUUUUUUUUAUUAUUAUUGUAUUUUAUCACUUUUUUUUUUCAUUUCAAUUCAAAUAAACAUUCGGAACUUUUUUUUUAUUUAUUUAUUUAUCCAUUAGAUUCAAAGUAGAAUUACAAGGGGAAUAGAAGGGGUAUAUUAUAAUACAUCGGUACGAUCAGCUAUGGGUGUCACCUGAG